GAAAUUCAGCCUCGCCGUCAUGCUGCCUUAUAUUCUCGGCUCGCGCCCGAUCGCUCUUUCCCCACUUUAGCUUCUCAGUCUUCCCCAUCCUAAAUCUCCCAUGGCGGACCCGUUCUCCAUCACCGGUAGCGCUGUCGGGAUCAUCUCCCUUGGCCUCACGAUUUGUCAGGGUCUGCUUGCUUAUUAUGGCCCCUACAAAUCGUUUCAUGAGGAGAUCAAUGAAGUCGCGUCUCGAGUUCAGAGUCUGAACAGCCUUUUAACGACACUGAACGAUCUUAUCGCCAAUUCACCGACGUUCCACGCCAGCCCCUCGCCGCAGCCGAUCCAAGCAGCGAUACAGAGCAUUCAGUCAUGUAGUCUUGGGCUUCAGAAGCUCGAGAAGAUGCGCAUCAAAUGCUGUUCGAGUUACCCGCCCGGUAACCGGCCACGAUCGACCAAUCAGCUGAACCGCAUACUCUAUCCAUUUCGACAGGAUACUUUAGUGAAGCUAGGGGCCACUGUGACCUGGUUGCAGGACAACUUGAAUACUUCGCUUUCAUUGCUUCAGAUUGCGGUUUUGAAUUCGGAGUCGACUCAGCUCAAUUUACUUGUGGCGAAGACAACAUGCACUGCCUUCAGUACUACGGAAAUAAAGGGCAUCGCCCAGCGACUAGACGAAAGACACUCGAACAUGGAAGGUACCAUGAAUGUAAUCCAGAAUCGUCUAGAUCAGAUGGAGACUGAUAUUAGAGCGAGCAUGGAACGACAGUCUAUCAGCCCCAGUUCUUUGCGACAGCUUAUGCACGAUCAGCAAGCAAAUGAUGAGUGCUUGCGGUCACUAGGCCCAAAUGUGUGGCCAAACCGGCGAGCUCACAAAAGUUGGACGGGAAACCAGACGAAGAAGGUCAGGUCACUAAUUUUUCGACAUGCGGUCUGCAAUAGAUUUCUCAGGUUUACAGUCACGGCAUCAUUGACUGUCACAAGAUCAGCUGGGGUCUGCUCGAUCAGCCCAAAUCUUCAGUUCCGCUCUAUCGUCCCUGAUAACUCGCCAGCGUUCAGUCUUCUGCAGGCGGCAAUGCGACGCCUCGAAAUGGGGGAGCAUAGUAAGUCAAUCAUACGGGACACGCGUACUGCUCUAUUCGAGUUAUUCUACACCGGCAAGGCAUCACUCACAGAUACCCUCGGAGACGGUACUACGAUAAUGCAUGCUGUCGCGUCAUGGGAUGGCAAAGAUCGAUGUUGGGCACCGGAUCAAUGGGCAGAAUGGAAGAGUCUGAUUCGAGACCUCGCAGAGGCUGGCCUUACCCCGAACUGUGUAAACGAUCAGGGUCAAACCCCGGUCGACAUGAUCGCGGCAAAUUGUGACUGGAGCGAAAGGGAAGAAAAUCCAGUCAGAUUCGCUCAGCUUGUGGACGUCUGCUCUGAGCUACUCUCUAGGGGGUCUUUCAUUGGGUUCGAUGCCUUUUGGACGUACCACCACCUGGUCCAAUUCUACGUAAUUUGGCCCGGCGAAAAGUUUCAAAUUUCCGAGAAUACGAAUUCGAGGCUUCGUCUUGUGUGGGCGAUUGCUGAUAAGAAUGGAUCACAAGAUAUAGAAACCCAUAAUGAACAGCUGUCGCCCCUCAUUUCAAGGUCUGCGAAAGAACUCAAGCUAUUCAUUGAAAGAGGUGUGUCAUUCGAGCAAUGGCUUUAUUCUUACGCGGAGUGGCCUACGGGCCUUGAGAUCCUGCUUCAAGCUGGAUGUACGCCGAAUACGAUGUCGCUUGAGUAUGCCUGCAGCCACGGCUAUGAAAGCAAUGUCAGCCUAAUGCUUGAGUCAAAUGACUUUAGGUUGGGGCGACAUGAGCUGGAAAUUGCUAGCUCUCUCGACAAUCAGCGGCUUUCUGAGCUAAUCGUUGGGGCGGUUGCGCAUCGCAGAAUUCAAUUGCAGCGUCUUUUGCAAAUGAAGCUGCCUGGUGAAAAGAUUCGACAUCUAAAACUACGGCGUGAUACGCUUCUGGAUAGACAAGCUUUCAACGCGUCUCGACUUCUUCUGGCCGAAUCUAUUAGGCUAGGCGGACUGGAACAGGUGGCGCCGUACUCGGUUUAUGACACUGAGAGAUUGAGUCUCCAGACAGCGGAGCAGCUAUGGAAUUCUGGCUUUAGAGACGUAGACGAGCCAGACGAAUGGGGGUGUACCAGUCUUAUGAAGUUAAACGACACAUAUUCCGAUUUACGGGACCCAGACUCCGUCUUGAGGAUGGCUAUAUGGCUAAUAAACAAGGGUGCGAAUAUGUACCGAAAAAGCCUUGCAACGAACUGCCUCGCGGUAUUCCCUCUUGCCCAUGCUAUUGGCAGGCGCAUCUCUCCCAAGUCUCGCUGGGAUGACGCAAUCAUGGACUUGCUGCGCAGAAUAACCCUUGAUGAUGCUCGGGAUGACUGCUCGUGCCAUUGUUCCACCAACGGGUGUUUCGCACUAACCAAGCUGAUGGAUGGGAUGUUUGAUCGAAGUUGCGAGUCCUCACGAGGUUCAGAACCAGCUCCAAUCAAAUAUGGCUACAACAAACUAUGGAAGGUCCUCGAACUAUUUAACGACUCGGGGCCUGCUGGAGCUGCCUUCAGAUCAACCGCCGCCCCAAAAAUCAUUCGCUAUCUUGCAUUUAUCGAACUCGAAAUCACACAUACGUGCCAUAAGCACGCUCACGCCAGGGAAAAUUUCAUGGGCGAAGAAACCAUCAAGGAAAUCCACGAGGAAGAGGAAGAGCUGAUCCAGCAGCUUGAGGAGCUCGUCAACGAAUUCUGCUUGGGCUAUUCUGGGUAUUCGCACUCUUUGAACAAGUAUAUCAAGGACGUGAUGUGGCCCAGAGUAGAUGCCUUUCGACGUGAGCAGGUUUCUCGAAAUGAAGUGAAUCAAGCCGAUGCGAUUGCCCUGGGUGUGAAGCUUGUGCGUCAUUCAGCAACUUCUCGGCGGCGUAUGAAUUCUCGUUAUGACUUCAUUUUGCCAGGUGUAUACUGGUAUUAGUGAUACACGGCAGCCAGAGCACAUGUUUUGAGGUUAAAUUUAUAUGCGUUGAAAUGGACCUCAUAUAUCAAAACCUUGUCGAUUCCUAGUGACUGAACCAAAUCCUUUCGGUGUGCUCUAAUUGAAACGUGGUUUCCACCCUGAAGAAAGCGCAGCAAGGAUACUGCACCUACAUGCACAUUCACAACAAGGAUAGCUAAUUGGUUGCCAUGACGGCUCCCAUGCAAGAGAACCUCGCGGGUAAGAUGAGCUGCCUCGGACCCAUUCCGAAUAUCUGACUAGCUCCGUAUACGAGCCGCAUGGAAGUUUCGUGGCUCGCUGGGCAAAGAAAGGAGCCUCGUGAUAGUCUUCGUCUGGUGAUUCAAGAUCCACGCGGUCCUCCAGCGAGGUCUGAUACGCGACAGCAUCAUCAGAACGGUAAUGAUGAGCGGGCUCCACACCUUGCAGUAGCGGUAAUAUUCCCAGGCAAGCUUCGAUGCGCCAAGGGCCAUCUGGCCCAGGCAUCGGUGGACUCCAGCAUUUGCUGUGGGAUCGAUGAUCUACGUCCGUCAGCCUAGUUAUCGGACCUCCCUAUAAUCCUCCUAUUCGGAGGCAGAGAUAGGCAAAGUUGGAGUUUUGACUUGAGCAGAAGGAUGCACCGACAAGGCAUAUUUUUCAUUACGGAGUAGAUAAAUCUGUCCUCACCCUAUCGACUCUUAAGUGUGCGUGUCGCUGGUCUGCUAUUCUAUACGUACAGGG